AUGCACCGCAAUAUGCACCUUCAGGCCACUCGUUCCAUAAAUUGGAAUCAAACAUCUGCAUUCCAAGCCCUUUGCAUUCCUAUCAGGGGGUUUCUCCGGAGUAUGCUGAUCAAACGUCGCGACCACCCCCCUGUAAUCUGCCCUGUUUCUUACCCUGCCGUCCUCUUGGACCGCCCAAGCCUGUGA